AGACGCCUCCCUCCGCACACGCACGCACGACUCGAGAACUCCGCACAAGCGGUAGGAAGGAAGGAAACGAGGAAAAAGGGAAGCAAGGAGCAGAGACAGAGGAGGAAGAAGAACAAGGUCAAGGAUAUUUAUCUAACAAAUAAAAGCUAGCCGUUCCACAAUCUGAAAGAGUCUAGAGAUUCUGGGGAAAAUAAGAGGAAGAAGGCUGCUUACCGUAACUUCAUCAGUCGAAUUCGGUAGUUGUUUCAUCAUGUGAGGGUGGCACAUCGCAGCAGAUCCUGCACGCCUUACUGAAAAUCUCUGACUAGUGUAUACUGGCGGCCAUGGCCAGCACCGUCCCACCAUUCCGCUUCGUAAGAUGUCCAAGAUGCAAGAAGCUUCUUACUGAAUUUGCCAAUGUUCCCGUGUACCAGUGUGGCGAAUGUGGCACGACUCUGCGAGCAAAGCACUACAAUGCUACCAGGAAAGAUAUCAUCGUCCCACUGCCGGAGAACAAAUCGGAGAACCGACCAGAUUGUGGCUCCUUGGACAAUGGAUUGCAAUCUAAGAAUGAAACGGCUGUUUGUGCAACAAAUGAUCGAGUACAGAGUGCGGACUCUCCAAACCCACAAUCAUCUUCUGUGGAUGCUUCAAACAAUUGUUAUAAGAAAGGAGAUGAAUUGGAGAAUCAAGAAGAGAGAGGCUUGGACUCGGAGUCUCUUAAGCUUACCAAUGAGAGAAUUGAUCUUGAUCACUCUCUGAAUGAAGUGGAAAAGUCUUCAGACGCUCGUCAACAAGGCCAUGAAAACUUGAAGAUGAGUGAGAGGACACAAGAUUCUAACGAAUCCUCUAGCCUUAGAGAAACUGCAUCAUCGGAGGACAAUUGGAGUAACAGGAGUGAUCAUGACAGACAUGGCAAUAUCUUAAGAUCAGCUACCAGAAAUUCUAAUGCAAAUGAUGACAGUGUAUCUUCCGCCAAAGGUGUCUCCAAUACUGAUGCUCCUCGUAAGCGUAUACCAGUAUCUAGAAGAACUUUCAGACAAAGGAAAGUUCAGGAUUCGGAAGAUACUACCAAUGCACGUAAAGGAGAAGAGGUUAAUAAGAUGAGUGCAGGCACACAAGUUCAAGUUCAAGAAGUUUCACAAAAGCCAUCGAUCGAGAAGUCAGCUGAUGCUGACAGGUUUGAUUCAAAUGCAAAUAAAUUGUCUACAGAAAACAAAGGUUAUGUAAGCAAAGAUACCUCUCUUAACUCAGAAGACUUCCAUUCGGUCCAGAACUGGUUGGAACCAGAAAAUGAUGGGCAUUUGAGAUCGCUUCCAAUGGAUGCAGAGUUGCUGAAGGGUUCAGCCAAAGAAAAUGAUGGGCAUUUGAGAUCGCUCCCAACGGAUGCAGAGUUGCUGAAGGGUUCAGCCAAAGAAAAUGAUGGGCAUUUGAGAUCGCUCCCAAUGGAUGAUGCAGAGUUGCCGAAGGGUUCAGCCAACGAUCGAAAUGGCAGCCCACCGGCUGAGCUCAAUUCGCUUGAACACAUUCAAAUGGAGAUUCUGAAGAAGGUCGACGAAUUGAGAGAGGAAAUCAACGGAAUAUUCGAUAAAUCCGACGAAGGCAAGGGAGGAUCUCACCAAGAAGAAAUCCAUGCAAAGCAGCUUGAUUCAGCUUUAGUCCGGCUUCCUCCGAAACCACACUGCCAUAAAAAGGGUGUUCCUCGACCACACAGAUUCAAUGACAUCCCUUCAGUCUUGCCUCAUCUCAGUCCCUGCUUGCAUUGCCAAACAUCGAUGUGCCGCCGCAACAGAGGUUACACGUCUUGCCACCAUAACACAUCUAGCAUACCCUGUAACACCUUGAGUCCGGGAGUGCAUACACCAUGUCAUCACAAGCCUCAGAUCAAGCAUGAGCCAGAGAAGCCAUCCAACGAGGUGAGAAGGCAGCAGCCCAAGCGACAUUGUCGUCCCAUCGUAAGUGGUGCUCCCUUCGUCAUCUGCUACAAUUGCUUUCAGCUACUUCAGCUUCCUAUCAAUUUUCUCGUAGCGAGGAAAGGAUUGAACAAGCUGCAGUGCGGUGCUUGCUCCAAAGUUCUUGAGUUUUCUUUCAGAGCCCGAGAUCAUGGAAUUCCCCAUACUGCCAAUGAGGUUGACAAUCUUACAAGUAGUGAGGUGGAUAGCAGUACAGACACUACUAUCAGAUACAAGGUAUCUAAUUCUCCCUCGGAUGAUAGAUCUCAAGGGGAGCCAGUUUCCUACUCGGAAGACUAUGGGCUCUCUCUUGGCAUCAGCUAUACUACUGAUGCCGAACCACCAGUAAAUAUCCAGAUAAAUGGCAGGCAUAGAACAGCUUCGCAGCUUCAUCGGCUUAUGGGUUAUGGUUCUGCUAGUGAGCUGCUGUAUCGACAUAGCGAUAUCGACGAAGAAUCUGAGUUCACAGAGCUCACAGAGCCAACUCCACCACAUUGCAAUACUCCUGACGAAACAUACGUGGGAGAUGGAAUGAGUGGAAAAGCCAUUUACAUUUCUGAUCCUUCCGCUAGUAGCAGAUUUUAGGCAUUUUGCGGAAGCUAAAAAGGGUGAUGAGAACUGCUUCGUGUAUUAAAGAUCACGAAGCUCAAAAUCCAUGAAAGGAAGAGGUAGUGUGUCGUGUUUGUACCUGUGAGAAAAGAUCAUGGUUGGAUGUUCUUCUGUAUUCUGUACAUGUACAGUGUAUUAUUCAUUAUAGUCCAUGUGGCUAUCGUAGUCAAUUGUUUAAGGUGGGUUCUCAACCCUUCUUCUCA